AUGGGCAAACCAGCAUGGGAGAGCACUCCUCUGGAGAACUACCCAGCUAGUUUAGCUCUCGAUGGAGACAUGAGCACAUUCUCACACACAAUUUCCGGAGAUCCGCAUCCUUGGUGGAAAGUGGACCUGCUAAGCGAGCACUGCCUGGGAAGUAUCACCGUCAGCCUCCGGGAUGGAUGCUGUUAUCAAGAUCGUUUCAUCACUGCGGUAGCUCGAGCAGGCCUGAGCUUCAAUAUCAUCGAGAACCAACCAUGCGGCGCACCAGCCACACGGGCUCAGUCCGCACCCGGAUCCGUGAAUACGUUCCUUUGCGACACACCACGGAUGGCCCGCUACGUCAGCCUGGACAUCGAUGCCUCCAAUCCGGCAACUACGGAUCCUAUGUUCAUGCUUGCAGAGGUGACAGUGCAGGAGUUUACAGCCGGAGAGUGCCCGGUACCUACCGAUCCAAUUCCUGUGCCGGUGCACGUCAACGCCACCUCGGCUAACUUCGAACUGAUGUACAAGGGAGCAGCGAUCGGGAAUACCGGUCCACUAGCGACUCGCGUGGCUAAAUCUGCCAAGCGAUGCGCCGCUAGCUGCCUCAAGCUCACCGGGUGCGUGUCCUUCGACUACGCGCCGGGGACUGGGCAGUGUCAUCUCCACAACCUGAAUGCGCAAGACAUUCACAAGAUCCCGAAUGAGGAUUUCAUGAUCUUUGUACCAGUGCAAUAA